AUGCUAAAUAGAUUAACAUUAAGUUUUAAAUCCGACGCUAUUGAAGAGGAAUUUAGAGAAAACCAAUCUGGAAAAGUAAAAGAAGAAUUUAACUUAUUCACUUUAUAAUGUUUGGUAUAAAUAACCUAUAAAUGGAGCUGUUCUUUCCUUUUUAUUUAUUGGCUUACUUUUAAACAUAGUACUUUAAUCUGACUAGUAUUUUGAUAAUUUUAAUUAUCUUUGGUUUAAUUCUGCUGUUCAAAUUAUUGAUUGGUAAUUAUCCAAAAAGUGUGAACCUAAUAUUACCUAUUUUAUAAGUAUUAUUUGGAAUUGUUUGGGGCAUAGACAAUAUGUAAUCAUAGCCUUAACUAAAUUAAUAUUCUUGGUUUUAUGGAUUUUAAGCUUUUUAUUUUCAUUAUGGUAUGUAUUUUAUGUACAAUAGCAAUUAUGUAGCAAGGUUACUAAAUUUUACCCUAAGGUAUAAGCAUUUUAGGAUUAUAUGCAUGGUUUAUAAUCUUGUUUGCGAAUAAUUCAUUAGAAUUCAUCACAUUAAGCCUUACAUAAUUUAGUGUUGUUUUGGGACUUAUAUUUUUAAAAUAUACAAAUCUGAAGUUAAAAAGAUUAUAAUUUAUUGAUAACAGAGAGAGGAACAAAUGGAUUAAAAUUAUAGAAUAGAUUGUAGAUUAUCAAUUGAUAGUAGUUUAGUUUGAUAAAAGACAAGAUCAAAUAAUAAUCAAAUAAAUAAAUGAAGAAACAAAAGAAAAAUUUUUAAUUAAAGAUAAUCAAGAUUUAAGAAAAAUUUUAAGAGAUGUUUAAAUAUAUUUUUAUUAUUUUAGAUGCAAAUCGUUAACAGUGGAAGUUCACAAAGUAAAUUUAAGAAGGAAUCUUUAGAAAUGGCAAUUAGAGAUUAGUUUUGCCAUAAUUACCAGUAGUUAAUACCAUCCUAUGAAGUUAUUUCUAAUAUUUUAAAAAAAGAAUUUAGAGUUAAAUUAAUUCAAUAUAUACUUCAAGAAGUACAAUGUGUAAUAUUAGCUUUUGACAGUUAAUCAAGAGAAGAAAUUAAAUAAACAAUAUCGUAUCAAAAAAUUUCUGAAAAUAUUUUUAUUCAGUACUCUUCAAAAAUUCUCUCCAGCAUUUGUAAUCAUAACAAUAAAUUACUUGUAUUGCAAUAAAUAGUUAAUUUACAAUUUUAUCGCAUUUGGAUAGAUAAUAAAAUAUUUCUUACUUAGAGAACUCAAAUAAAAUUACCUAAUCUUAUUUAAUAAUUAUAAAAUAUAAUAUCUAGAAAAAUUAAAUUAAAAUAGAGUUUUGAAUAUAAUGAAUCUUUUCUACUACAUUUAAGACCAUUAAAAAUGAUUUUAGUUGGAUUAACAUAAUUUGUAGAUUCAGAUUUUGAGAUAAUAAUUAAAUUUAACAAUAAACUUCUUUUUAAGCAUUUAACAUUUAGGAUUGAAACAAAAAAUAUAAUAUUUUCUGCUCAAAUCUUUAAUUUAAUAAAGAGAUAGCUCAAUUUCGAAGAUAACAACUGGGUAAAGAAUAAACAAAAAAUUUUGGAUUGCAUUAAGAUUUUAUAAGAAAAAUAAAAAAAGAAUCAGAAUACUUUUUUGUUUUCUUUAAUAAUGUGCCAUUAUUUUUUGUAUUAAACCUUUAAUUAGAGCACCUUAAGAUUUUAAAUAAAAAAAGAUUCAAGAUAAAAAGUGUCUUUUGAAGUAAUUGUUUGA